GAAGAGUAGAAGACUGCAGAGCGAUAGAGAGGUAAAAUGGCACCAUCUUCGUCUUCUCUGAUCGUUAGCUUCCUUCGCCAGAACAUUCGUAGACUCCAAAUCCCUUACCGACCUGGAAGAACUACACGAAAUCUUGUCGUAGAAGGAGGAGGAGAUGCAACACAACAAGAACCCCAAAUCAUGGAUGGAAAGGUUCAGCUUCAAUUCACAGAACAAAUGGCGAUUGAGGUCUGCAAGACCAUACGAACACGACCCAGAUGGGAACAGACACUCCUCUCUGAUUUUCCCUCUCUCAGUCACAGUAUGUUCAAUCCUAACUGCGUUAGAGAGAUCAUUAAGCGUCAAAACAAUGCUUUCCUGUCUUUCCGUUUCUUUCAAUGGGUCUCCUCUCAGCCUGGUUUCUCUCCUGACCAUCAAUUGUGCUCUGUUCUCUUCGAUACCCUCGUCGAAGCCAAAGCAACCAAAGCUGCAAAAUCAUUUCUUUUGAGUUUCCCUGGAUUUCAACCCCAACCUUCUUCUUUGGAAUCCUUCAUUCGAUGUCUCUGCGAUGAUGGAGAAAUCUAUGACGCUGUUGAUGUGUUUUCGCGGCUCAAAAAUGUCAACUUUGUGCCUUCUCUAUCAGUUUGGAAUUCAGCUUUAUUGGGUUCUCUACGCAUUGGGAAAACCGAUCUGGUUUGGGAUUUGUAUGCUGAGAUGAUGGAAUUUGGCUUUGUGGGCGAUGUUGACACUGUUGGGUACCUAAUCCGAGCCUUCUGUAAGGACAACAAGCUUUCCGAAGCUUAUGAGCUUCUCCGGCAAGUGAUUGAAGCUGGGCAUACCCCGGAUAAUAUUGCUUUCACCAAAUUGAUUUCUGGAUUUUGCAAAGAUGGUAAUUACGUUAAGGUCUCAGAGCUUCUCCAUUUAAUGAUAGCGAAGGAUCGGCUUCCUGAUAUCUUCACUUAUCAGGAAAUCAUUUAUGGGCUCUGCAAGAACGGUAUGGGGAAUGAAGCUUUUCGGGUCUUCAGUGAUCUCAAGGACAGAGGCUAUGCUCUUGAUAGAGUUAUGUACACAACAGUGAUUGAUGGUCUCUGCAAGAUGGGUAAAUUAGGGGAAGCAAGAAAGCUUUGGUAUGAGAUGAUUCAUAAAGGAUUCAAGCCAAAUGAGUUUACAUAUAAUGCACUCAUGGAUGGAUACUGCAAGGCAGGUAAUUUGGAAAAAGCCCAGGAGUUACGUGGGGAGAUGAGUGAUAGAGGAUACAGAGAAAGCACGGUGAGUUAUAACACAUUGAUUGCAGGAUUUUGUCUACAUGGGAGGACAGACAAAGCACAUGAGCUGUUUGAAGAAAUGCCCAAUAAAGGUAUCAACCGUGAUGUAGUUACAUAUAAUACUCUGAUUCAGUGUCUUUGUAAGGAAGGGCAAGUAGUUGAGGCUAUGAACUUGUUCAAUGAACUUAUGAUGAUGGAUUUGCAACCAUCUACUUCAUCUUACACACCUCUGAUUCAGGCUCUUUGUGAGGAGGGAAAUGCACAGGAAGCAAUAGAGUUGUGGAGAGAUAUGCAAAAGUGGAGUUUGGAGCCAUUGGUCUGUACUCAUGAUUAUAUCAUUACAGGAUUGUGUAAGCAGGGAAAUCCAACAGAAGGCAUGGAGUGGUUGACUAAGAUGUUAACAAGUAAGCUGAAACCUAGGAAGAAGACUUUUAACAGAUUGGUUGAUGCUCUCUCUUCAAAUGAUCGGUUUGAUGAUGCUUUGCUUGUUUUAGAUUCUCUGUUUGGAAUGGGUUAUACUCUUGAGAAACCGGUUUGCCUUUCUUUAAUUAGUCAACUUUGCAAAGAGAAUUUGUGUCAAGCUCAGGAGGAUAUAGAGGCUGUUUUGGGAAGAGACUGAAGCCUCUUAAGAUAUCAUAGC